GAGCGCCAACCGCAAGCGGGGAUCCGCAGCGUGCAGCCCGGUCACCACCCGCCAUGGCCCGCGCUGUCCCGCUGCUCGCCAUACUGGCCAUGCUUCUCACCACCACUACUGCAGGCGGAGACGCCCCGCCCGGAAAAAUCGCUGUUAUUGGAGCUGGGAUUGGGGGCUCUGCCGUGGCCCAUUUCCUUCAGCAACACUUUGGACCCCGAGUACAAAUUGUCGUCUAUGAGAAAGGAGCUGUGGGGGGCCGCCUGGCCACCAUCUCCGUCAACAAGCAGAACUACGAGAGCGGAGCAGCCUCCUUCCACUCAUUGAGCCUCCACAUGCAGGACUUCAUCAAGCUGCUGGGGCUGAGACAGCGGCGUGAGGUGGUGGGCAGGAGCGCCAUCUUCGGCGGGGAGCAUUUCGUGCUGGAGGAAACCGACUGGUACCUGCUGAACCUCUUCCGCCUCUGGUGGCACUACGGCAUCAGCUUCCUGAGGCUGCAGAUGUGGGUGGAGGAAGUCAUGGAGAAGUUCAUGAGGAUCUACAAGUACCAGGCUCAUGGCUAUGCCUUCUCGGGUGUAGAAGAACUGCUCUACUCCCUGGGGGAGGCCACCUUUGUCAACAUGACCCAGCGUUCGGUGGCCGAGUCCCUGCUCCAGGUGGGAGUCACGCAGCGCUUUAUUGACGAUGUUGUCUCUGCUGUCCUCCGGGCCAGCUAUGGCCAGUCGGCAUCAAUGCCUGCCUUUGCUGGAGCCAUGUCACUAGCUGGGGCUCAGGGCAACCUGUGGUCCGUGGAAGGGGGCAACAAGCAGGUUUGUUCCGGUUUGCUGAAGCUCGCCAAGGCCAGUGUGAUCCAAGCCACAGUGACCUCUGUGACCCUGCACACUACAGAAGGGAAAGCCCUGUACCAAGUGGGGUAUGAGAGUGACAGGGGCAACAACUCUGAGUUCUACGACAUCGUGGUCAUUGCCGCACCCCUGCACCUGGACAACAGCAGCAACAACAUCACCUUUGAAGGCUUUACUCCACCCAUCGAUGACAUUCAGGGCACUUUCCAGCCCACUGUAGUCUCUCUGGUCCACGGCUACCUCAACUCUUCCUACUUUGGCUUCCCCGACCCUAAGCUUUUCCCCUUCGCCAACAUACUCACCACAGAUUUCCCCAGCUUCUUCUGCACCCUGGAUAACAUCUGUCCAGUCAACAUCUCAGCCAGCUUCCGGCGGAAGCAGCCCCAGGAAGCAGCAGUGUGGCGAGUGCAGUCCCCGAAGCCCCUCUUCCGGACUGAGCUGAAGACCCUCUUCCGUUCCUACUACUCAGUCCAGACGGCGGAGUGGCAGGCCCACCCCCUCUACGGCUCCCGCCGCAGCCUCCCGAAGUUCGUGCUCCAUGACCAGCUCUUCUACCUCAAUGCCUUGGAGUGGGCGGCCAGCUCUGUGGAGAUGAUGGCCGUAGCUGCUAAGAAUGUGGCCUUACUGGCUUACAACCGCUGGUACCAGGACCUGGACAAGAUUGACCAAAAGGACUUAAUCCACAAGGUCAAGACUGAACUGUGAGGGUUCCAGAGAGAGUCCAGGAACUCGGUCCCACACUGAAGAUGGAGCCCAUCUCAGCAGCACGGGGCUAACUAGGCCACAUUCAUGGGCUGCUCCGCUCUCUCUGCCACGGUGUAUUGAGCAGAUGUCCCCUGCGUGGGUCCAGGUGACCUACUGUCUGCCUAAGGAUCCUCUUAGAGGCUACCUUUUUUUGUUUUUUAAGGGAGAAAUUAAGAAAAGGGAAGGAAAUUCAGGUCAGUGUUGGGGAGCGAGGGUUGGUGGUUUUUUUUGUUUGUUUCUUGGGGUUUUUUUUCUUUUUUUGUUACUGUUUUUCAAGAAGAAAUAAAAAUUCAGACUCCAAUCCACUUCUGACUUGGUUUUCUCACUAGAAGCCAAGAUGUCUGAGAGAAGGACUAUAUAGCAGAGAACUCAGCCUUCUUUCCUUUCCGUCUUCCAUUACCAACCCCCCAAAGGCACAGCCUACAGUAAAACAUUUACCACCCGCCACCUAAAGAGAAGGCAAGAUCAGAAAAUAUCAGCGUUGGGAUGGACUGUUUGGUGUGGGUUCCAGGUCAGAAUUUCUUUCCAGACCAUCGCCGCACCUCCCAGCAGCAGAGCGUAUGAUUGACACGACAUUUACCCUGACAUUGCCGUCAGUAGAGCCCUUGGCUACCUGUCAAUCAGGUAGAAAAAAAUGGAAACAGGUUGAGCCAUCGGAAGAAAGGAAGCUCUUGACAGCCCAUGGAGGGAUUGGCCUUUCUCUUUAUGUAAGGAUACAGGAGUCGUGUGAUGAAUCUGUCUUGCCCAGGAGGCGAGUCCUUGGAUGGUAGAGAGUGGUCCAAACUCAUCCCUGAACUCCCCCCUCCACCCCAACCCCUGAGCAGGGUGGAGGGGGGCGUUGGAGGAGGGAUGGAGUUCUUCAAAGGUUAAUCUGGUGCUUUCUCUGCUUCUGGCUUCAUAUAGAGAAUUGUGCCUUGCUUUUUCUGUAACUAUAAAGAUCAGUAGACUGGGGCUGGUGAUGUAGUUCAGUAGCAGAGUGCUUGCUCAGCAUUCGUGAGGCCUUGGCUUUGACACCGCCAAACCAUUACAGAAACAGAUCAAAUAAACAUUCAGGGUCACAGGCGUA